AUGGCGAAUGCGAGAGAGCAGCGGUUGGGCUUGGUGGCCCAAGCCGAGCAGAUUGCUAGGGACUUUAGCCUCAGCCCUGGGCGCGUCCGACGUGUGACGAGACAUUUAGUUCUACAAAUGAAGGACGGCCUUGCAAAUGAGCGCCCAUGGCAGUUACCCGCCUAUCUACAGAGUGUCCCCACGGGAGCUGAGAAGGGCCAAUUCCUGGCUGUCGAUCUUGGUGGCAGCAACUGCAGGAUAUGCAUGGCCGAAUUACACGGCGAUUCCACUUUCACCGUUCUCCAAAGCAAGAACAGAAUCCCGGCUAGUGUCAUGGUCAAUCAAACCCAUCAGCCUCUGUUUGAUUUCAUUGCACAAAAUAUCGGAGAGUUUCUGAAUGUACAUCUCGAUCCGAGCAGUGAAUCACGUUAUAAACUGGGCUUUACAUUCAGUUUCACCUGUGAGCAGGAAUCUCUUAAUGGCGGUCGUCUCAUACACUGGGAUAAGGGCUGGGAUAUACCAGAAGCCGUGGGUCGCGAUCCAUGCCUCAUGCUGCAAGAAGCCAUUGAUAAAAGGGGGUUACCAGUUCUAGUGACAGUUCUGGCAAAUGACAGCGUUGGUACACUCUUGACGAGAUCGUACAGCUCAGGUCAGGGGAUAUCCACACUGGGCGCAGUCAUUUUUGGGACUGGGACCAAUGCGGCCUAUGUGGAGAAGCUAUCCAAUGUGCAGAGGCUGAAGAACAUCAAUGCCGAUGCAGACGGCAUUAUGGUGAUCAACAGUGAAUGGGGCUCCCUAGAUGACGAGAUGAAGGUGUUGCCCCGGACGCCACUUGACGAUGAGCUAGACGCAGCAUCUGUGGAUCCCGGAUUCGGAAUGUUGGAGAAGAGAGUGUCUGGACUGUAUCUCGGAGAGCUACUCCGAUUAGCAAUUCUUCAGCUAUUAAGAGCGAGCGCGUUCGACAUGACUGUGGCUGAAGAGUCUUGCCUCUUUCAGCGAGACGGAAUUGACAGCUCGCUUCUGUCUGAUCUUGCAAUUUCCGGGAACGACAUCGAUAGCGCAAUUCAACUACUUCAAGACACCCUUUCAGCAAACAACGUCACGAAAGCAGAUGCCGAAGCUAUCAAACUAGUAUCCGAGGCCAUUGCAAGACGGGCAGCGCGCUUAGCUGGUGCAUCAUUAGCAGCUGUCAUCAUUCAAAGCGGACGACUUGAAAUAUCGUCAAAAGCACGCCGAGUCCCUUCACAAACGACAUCUACCAUGCCAUACAGCUUCAAAAGCUUGUAUAACUACGCACCUCUUCUUUUUCGCCAUAUAAUUGAUUUUGUGAGGCUGAUCUGCAAAAGACCAUCUUGGAUGUCACCAAAAUACGCCCCAGAUACUGAGACCACGCCUCUGUCUGACGAAAUCAUCGAUAUCGGAGCCGACGGUUCCGUCAUAGAAUCCUAUCCAACAUUCGAGGAUGAGAUGCGAGGGGCAAUGAGGGAAGUCCCUGAGAUUGGUCACGCGGGUGAACAGAGGAUCAGGAUUAGUCUCACGAAGGAUGGGUCUGGUGUGGGUGCUGCAUUGAUGGCGCAUGCGGCAAGCUUGGCUGAUAUUGGUGGAUCUUGUGAUUAA